AACUCGAUAUCAAUGAGGAAAAAAAAAAAAAAAAGCUUCGAAACAGACCACCAAUGUGUGAUAGAACCUUCUAGUUAUCUUAAGAAUAUUCUGUGUUGAUCUUGAAUUGAAUUUCACUUCUCAUCCUUGUUUUUUGAAAGCACCUCUGCGAUUUCAAUACUAUUUUUCAGCCCACUCUUUUUAAUAACAAGAAGUAAGAAUGACGGAUGCUGAAAAGGCAAAUUCACUUAAAAAUCAGGGCAAUAUUGCCUUGAAUGCUGGUAACUUAGAUGAAGCCAUAAGAUGUUACACUGAUGCUAUCAAAGCAGACCCAACUAAUCAUGUCUUAUACAGCAAUAGAAGUGCUGCCUAUUGUAAAGCUGGAAAUUAUAAAGAAGCUUUAGAAGAUGCAGAACACACUGUUCAAAUGAAAGAUGAUUGGGCUAAGGGCUAUUCUAGAAAAGGUGCUGCUUUAGCUUAUCUCAAGAGAUAUGAGGAUGCCCUGCAGGCAUACAUGGAUGGAUUGAAAUUUGAUCCAAACAAUCAGCAACUUAAAGAUGGUAUCAAGGAUGUGAAAACUCAAAUGAAUCAAGGUGCUGGAUUCGAUGGUGGUUUUCCUAAUCCUUUUAAAGGAUUAGAAGCUGUUGAAAAGUUGAAAAACGAUCCACGGACUAAAGAUUUCUUUAAUGACCCAAGUUACUUGAAACUUCUUAUGGAGCUUCAACAGAAUCCUGCAUUGAUGAUGUCAAAAAUGAAAGAUCCACGUAUUAUGACAACACUGGGUGUCUUACUGAAUAUAGAUUUGAGUAGUGCUGGAGUCGGCAUGGAGGACGAUGUUGAGAUGACCCCGCCUCCUAAACCUGAUACACCUAAACCUAAAGAAGAACCUAUGGAAGUGGAACUUACUCCUGAAAAGAAAAAGGCUAUUGAAGAGAAAGAUAAAGGCAACGAAUUGUAUAAAGAGAAAAAGUUUGAGGAAGCCCUGGCUCAGUAUGAUAAAGCUAUUGAACUAGAUUCUACUGAAAUGACAUUCCUUACAAAUAAAGCUGCUGUAUACUUUGAAAUGAAAGAGUUCGAAACUUGUAUUAAAGAGUGUGAAAAAGCCAUUGAGAUUGGAAAAGAAAAUAGAGCAGAUUUCAAGAAAUUUGCUAAAGCAUAUUCAAGAAUGGCUGCAGCCUAUUUUAAAUUAAAAGACUACAAUAAUGCUAAACAUUAUUAUCAAAAGUCUUUAACUGAACAUAGAACACGAGACACCCUUAACAAGCUACAAGAAGUAGAAAAGAUUAUAAAAGAAGAAGAAAAGAAAAAAUAUAUUGAUCCAGAAAGAGCAUUAGAAGCGAAAAAUUCUGGCAAUGAAUGCUUUCAGAAAGGUGAUUAUCCUGGAGCAAUGAAACAUUAUACUGAAGCCAUUUUGCGAAAUCCUGAUGAUGCUAAGCUGUAUAGUAACAGAGCUGCUUGCUAUCAAAAAUUAGUUGAGUUUCCUUUGGCAGUAAAAGACUGUGACACUUGUAUAAAAUUAGACCCAACAUUUGUUAAAGCUUAUAUUAGAAAGGCAAUGGCACUGAUGGCUUUAAAAGAACAUUCAAAGGCUUCUGCUGCUUACCAAAAGGCUUUAGAAAUUGAUCCAAAUAAUCAAGAAGCAUUAGAUGGAUACCGAAAAUGCAUGGCUGCUAACAGUAGUAAUCCUGAAGAAGUCCGUAAGCAAGCCAUGUCUGACCCAGAAGUACAACAAAUUCUUGGUGACCCAGCAAUGCGUUUAAUCUUAGAACAAAUGCAGAACGAUCCUAGAGCAUUGCAAGAGCAUCUGAAGAACCCCGAUAUAGCAGCGAAAAUCCAAAAAUUAUUAGAAUCUGGUCUGAUAGCUAUCCGCUAAAUGAGUUUGAAUGUGGACUAGUCCAAAUGACUUAAUAAUUCCAUUUGCAAAUCUUCAUUUUUUUUCUUACUGUUCUUUUCUUGCUAAGCUAACCUUGCUCUUCAUUAUCAUUUCAUGUAAUGGUGUUAUGAGCCAGAAAAGCACAUAAAAUAUUUUGUUUAACAAAGAUUAUCAUGAAUUGUAUAUUAUUCGAAAUAAAAAUGCAAUUAAACAUUUGUUAUUUCAAUAAAAAUGAAA